AUGCCGGACGAAUCUAAAAGCUCCCUUUACGCUUUCUACGCAUUCUAUCAGCUCUAUGUACAUCUCUUUUACGAAGGAAAGAAACCUCUGAGCUUUGACACUUUGCAAAAGCGACUCUCCCCCCGACUUGCUUGCAGCUCUAUGAAGACAAGAGAGAGAACUUCUCUAUUCAUCACCUGGAAAAAGAGGUCGGCUAGUCAAGGCGAGUACUUGCUUAGAGGAUGUGUUGGCACCUUCGCUAAACUUCCGCUUCUUGAAGGCAUUGAAAAAUACUCGAUAAUUGCAGCGUUACAAGACCCCAGGUUCCCCCCAAUCACUAAAUCCGAAUUCCCAGGUCUGAAAUGCAGCUGUAAUAUUUUGCACAGCUUUUCAACGAUCUACGGUAGUAGCGCUCCGACAGGAGAUGUGUACGAUUGGGAAAUUGGUAUUCACGGUGUUGAACUCAGGCUUCGAGACAGUACAAGAAGUCGCAUUUUGAGCGCCACGUUUUUGCCAGAGGUUAUUCUUGAGCAAGGCUGGAAUGAGCGUGAGACUUUCAGGAGUCUCAUCCGCAAGGCAGGCUUCUUGGGAGACAUUGACGCUGCUCUGGACAAUUGGCAGGAGUAUUUUGUCGAAGUUAUUCGCUAUGAAGGAAACAAGACAGAAAUAAGUUAUGAAGAAUUUAACCAAUUGUUAGGCAACGCAGCCACAAAUCAGUAG